AUGGAUAACGAGAAUGACAUCGUCACACGAAGUACAAACGAUUCAGACGGAAAGAACAAAAAUAAAGCCAUCGUGGUUGGCGCGGGCGUUGGAGGCUUAGGCAUGGCCUCUCGCCUCGCUUUUAACGGGUAUAAAGUGACGAUUUUAGAGCAAAACGAUUCCGUCGGCGGCCGAUGUCGAUCCGAACAGUUCGACUCGGAAUUUAGAUUCGAUACCGGACCGUCCUUGUUGCUCUUGCCGGAUCGAUAUCGCGAACAGUUUACCGCGGUCGGGGAGACGUUUGAAACGUACGUAUCGAUUGAACGGUGCGAUCCGGCGUACAGAGCACACUUUGGGGAUCACACGACGUUGGAUUUAUUGUACGACGCGGAAAAAAUGAGGAAACAGUUAGACGACGUGGAGGAAGGCGCCGGCGGCGCGUAUUUAGAUUGGUUGGGAAGAGCGCGAGCGAGUUUAGAUUACGGAGUCGCCGCGUUUAUCGAUAAAGACGCGAAUUCGGUGUUAGAUUUCGUCAAUCCACAAAGAGUGGUGCCGUUGGCAUUGAGAGUGAACCCGGUGGAUUUGUUGUUGAGUCAACACCGGCAAAUGUCCUCGUACUUUAAGGAUAAAAGGUUGAGAGCGUUGUUUACGUACCAGAAUUUGUACGUCGGGUUGUCGCCGUAUAACGCGCCCGGAGUGUUUUCGUUGUUAGCGGCGACUGAGUUGACCGAUGGAGUCUGGUACCCCAUGGGUGGGUUUAAAAACGUAGGGAACGCGUUGCAAACGCUCUGCGAUAAGUUUGGCGUGGAGACGAGAUUGAACUCAAAAGUCACGGAGAUUUGCACGCAGGAAGACGCUUCCGUGGACGAGAAGUUUAGCUCCACCGGGAGGAAAGUAACCGGGGUGAAACUCGAAGACGGUACAGUUUUAGACGCGGACGUGGUCGUCGCGAACCCGGACAUUCCGAGAGUGUUUGAUGAUUUAUUAGAGUCCGUCCCUGAAGCCGCCGCUGAAGCUUCUCGACAAGAACAAAUGGAUUACUCCUGUUCCAUCAUCGAGUUCAACUGGUGUUUGAAGACACAGAUCCCGGAUUUGUUACAUCACAACGUCUUUUUAUCCGGCGAAUACGAAACCGGAUGGAACCGACCGGCGACUCCGGAAGAUUUCGCCGCACCAAAACAGCACAACUUUUAUUGCUGCAACCCGGUGUACACGGACAAAUCGUGCGCGCCGGAUGGUUGCGCGGCGUUGAUGAUUGAGUUCCCUGUGGCGAACAUCCAAGAACAAAUCGACAUUUGCAAAAAAAGAGGCGUUCCGGUGCCGACGGAGAAGGAAAUGGUCGAUGCCGCUCGCGAAGCGUUGUUUCGACGUUUUCGCGAAGCUGGACACGGUGAACUGUCCGAGAUUAUUGAAAAAGAGGACGUUCGCACGCCCGCGGAGUGGAGGGACAUGUAUAACAUUAAAAACGGCGCCGUGUUUGGCUUAUCGCACGGACUGUUGCAAUUAGCCGCGUUUAGACCGCCUACCAGAACUGGAAUUAAAAGUUUGGACACGCCGAGCGUCUCUGGAUUACACUUUGUCGGCGCGAGCACGAGACCCGGGAACGGCGUUCCCUUGGUCUUGAUGGGAGUCAAAGUCGUCGCCGAGGCGAUUCUCAAGCAACACGGGAGCUUCAAAACUUGA